AUGAAAACGACAAGCCCAUGGUCAGUAUUAUAUUUUAUUGUACUUAUGAUAUUAGGCAAUUAUAUAUUACUCAAUUUACUUGUUGCUAUUCUUGUUGAAAGUUUUCCAAAUGCGGUAAAUGAACGUUUUUUUGUAAAUAUUUUAUCAUUAUUUUAUUUUAUUUCGAAAGAAGAUUAUGCAACAAAUAGUAAUAAUAAUACGGAUCGAUUGAAUAAAGCAGAUUCAUUUAAAACACAAGCAAUUAUCACAGAUGAUAUUCAAAUACCUGAGAAUCUUGAUGAAUUGACAAGUAUUGAACUUAGUAAUGAUGAUAAGAAAAAUGAGCGACGACAAUAUACAUUGACUGAUACUGUACCUCGUACAAAUUCUGAUCUAGCAUUCCCAUCGUCAUCAACACGAUAUUUUAUUGUUCAUGAAGGAAAUUUAAUUGAACAAGAAUCGAAUAAUAUAACGAAUAGACGUUUAAAUUCAAUUGUUAAACGUCAAUCAACAAUCGAUGAUCCAUCAUAUUCACUUAAUCAAAAUGAAUUGACACGUAUUCAUCAAACAUCAAGAAGGCAAGAAAAAAAUGAUAGACACACAGAAUCGCAUACUAGUAAUAUAAUACAACUUGCUAGUGGUAUUCAACUACUGGUUACUCGAUCAUGUUUAAAUCGAUUUGGUGGACAACGAAUAUUUGAAUGUUUAAAGAAGCGAGAAAACUAUUCACUUUAUCUUUUUUCACCUUGGAAUAGUAGACUACGCAAAGUAUUUCAACGAUUAAUUGUACAAAAAGCAUUUGAUUAUUUAAUUCUUUUCUUUAUUGCUCUCAGCUGUAUUACACUUGCAAUGGAACGUCCAUCGAUUUCUCCUAUAAGUUUUGUAUUUAUCAAUCGAACACCCGGUCUUAAACUUGUCGUUCAAGCUUUACUUUCAUCAUUGAGACCAAUUGGUCAUAUUGUUAUUGUUUGUUGUAUAUUCUUUAUUAUCUUUGGUAAUGUUGGUGUUCAGCUCUUCAAAGGUAAAUUCUACUAUAGCCAAGGUCCUCUCGCUCGUGAUGUAAUAACAAGACAACAAUGUGAAGCUAUGCCCGAUCAUCGAUGGCAAAAUCAACAAUACAAUUUNUAA